UUUACAAGUUACUGAUUUCAAGAGGAAGAGUCGCUCGGACUGACACGGUGCUGAAUUUUAUGGAUUACACACGUCAGACAUUGGAUUAAUUUAUACCUUUUUUUAAUCGUCAUGCGGAUCCAAGAGAAAGACCUUUAACAGACACUGUGCAAACUUUGAAAGAUUUCAAAUCAUGCCAUCUAAAACUGCAAAGAGCUCCACUGCCUCCUCCAAGAAAAGAGGGAAAGGGUCGCAGCCUCGGGAUGACUCCGAAGACGAUCUGGAUGUUCCCCCUCAAGAAACCAACUCCAAUGGCCAGAAGGAGGCACCGCUGACAACUGAUCCUUCUCAAGGAGAAGCUGCUGAGGCGAUCGAUAGUCGAAGUUUGGAGGAAAUUCUCUGUAGCAUCCCUCCAUCCCCGCCCCCAGCAAUGACCAAUGAGCCAGGCGCUCCUCGCUUGAUGAUCACGCAUUUAGUUAAUCGCAACUUUAAAUCUUAUGCAGGGGAGCAGAUUUUGGGGCCUUUCCACAAGCGCUUUUCCUGCAUCAUUGGUCCAAAUGGAAGUGGGAAGUCCAAUGUGAUAGAUUCAAUGCUCUUUGUGUUUGGGUACAGAGCUCAAAAGAUCAGGUCAAAAAAGCUCUCUGUGCUGAUUCACAGCUCUGAUAAACACAAAGAUGUGCAGAGCUGUACUGUGGAGGUGCAUUUUCAAAAGAUAAUUGACAAGGAAGGAGAUGACUACGAAGUCAUCCCCAACAGCAAGUUCUAUGUUUCCAGAACUGCCAACAAAGAUAAUUCAUCAGCCUACUACAUCAAUGGCAAGAAAGCCACUUUCAAGGAUGUGGGGAUUUUACUCCGAAGCCAUGGUAUUGACCUAGACCACAACAGAUUUCUGAUCCUACAGGGUGAGGUGGAGCAGAUUGCCAUGAUGAAGCCUAAAGGCCAGACAGAACAUGAUGAGGGCAUGUUGGAGUAUUUGGAGGAUAUUAUAGGGUCUUGUCGCCUCAAGGAACCUAUUCAAACGCUUUCUCGCCGCAUUGAACUUCUGAAUGAGCAGAGAGGGGAGAAGCUAAACCGAGUGAAGCUCGUAGAAAAGGAGAAGAAUGCUUUAGAGGGAGAAAAGAACAAAGCAGUUGAGUUUCUCAGUCUUGAGAAUGACAUCUUCAAACAUAAAAGCCAGCUUUGCCAAUAUUAUACAUAUGACCUACAAAAGCGUGUUGUGGAUAAAGAGGAAGAGCGGCAGAAAAUUGUAGAUGACAACAAAGGACUGGCUGAGAAGAAUGCAAAGAUAUCAGAAGAGAUGCAGAAAAAGAAUGAAGAGCUUAAAAAUGUGGAGAAGAAAUACAGCCUGCUCUGUCCCAUCCUGUACAGGCGGUUGGUGUGGGUUGUCCAGUCCAUUUGCUGUCCAUCCACAGCCCAAGGGACUGUUGUGCUGGAGGAAGUGCGCGGCAUUCCUGCCAGCAGUGAAAAGGCCAUCUCUGAGGCAACUGCUCAAAAGGAAGAGCUGGAGAAGCACAGAGUGAAAGAAGAGGAGAAGCUUAAGGAGGUGAUGGAGAGUCUAAAGGAAGAGACCAGUGGCUUGCAACAGGACAAAGAGACCAAAGAGAAAGAGUUGAUGGAGCUCAGUAAAGUAGUAAAUGAGACUCGUUCACGGAUGGACCUAGCCCAGUCAGAGCUUGACAUCUACAUGAGUCGCCAUAACACAGCUCUGACACAGCUCAACACUGCUAAGCAGACACUUCAGACCACCUCUGACACACUACGAGAGCGCCGUGCUGCCAUCAAAGACCUGGAAUUCAAAAUACCCAAGCAUGAAAAGGAGCUUAAGAAGGAUGAAGUGGAGUUGGAGCAACUGAUGAAUGUAGAUAAUGAGACCAAGGAAGCAGUGAAGGAAAUGAGGCAAAAAGUUGAAGAAGCUAAGAGCUCUCUGUCUUCAAACCGCAGUCGUGGAAGGGUACUGGAUGCACUCAUGCAUCAGAAGAAGAGUGGCAGAAUCUCCGGCAUCUUCGGAAGACUGGGGGACCUUGGAGCCAUAGAUGAGAAAUAUGAUGUGGCUAUUUCUUCGAGCUGUGGUGCUCUUGACAACAUUGUGGUUGACACAAUUGACACAGCUCAGAAAUGCGUCACCUUUCUCAAAAACCAAAACAUCGGUGUUGCUACCUUUAUUGGCCUUGACAAGAUGAAGGUGUGGGAGAAGAACAUGGCUCCGAUUCUCACUCCAGAGAAUAGCCCUCGUCUCUUUGACAUGGUGCGGGUGAAAGAUGAAACCGUUCGACCAGCUUUCUAUUUUGCUUUAAGAGACACCUUGGUGGGCCAGGACAUGGAGCAGGCCACACGACUGGCCUUCCAGAAAGAUAAGCGAUGGAGAGUGGUCACUCUAAAGGGGCAGAUAAUUGAGAUGGCAGGAACCAUGACUGGAGGAGGAAAAGUACUGAAGGGCAGGAUGGGCUCAUCUAUUUGUACUGAGGUUUCCCAAGAGGAGCUGGACCGUAUGGAGAGUAAGCUAAAUGAAAGGGUGUCAAAGCUGCAGGGCUGUCAAGAGAAAAAACUCCAGUUAGAGGAGAGAGUCCAGCAACUUAGGCCACAGCUCCGAGACAUGAAGAACACCCAGGAAAAAUAUACCAACAGCAUGACAAGUUUAGCUGAGCAAGAGAGUCACUUGAAACUUCAAAUCAAGGAACUUGAGGCCAACGUGUUGGCUGCUGCCCCAGACAAGGCCAAGCAAAAACAGAUGGAAAAAAUCCUUGAGGCUUUCAAGAAAGACUUUGAGGUAGCUUCCAAUAAGGCCGGAAAAGUGGAAACUGAGGUGAAAAGGCUCCAUAACUUGAUUGUGGAUAUCAAUAGCCACAAGCUAAAGUCUCAGCAGGACAAACUAGACAAGGUCAAUAAGGAACUGGAUAACUGCUGCUCCACUAUUACCAAGGCUCAAGUGGCCAUAAAGACGGCUGAUCGUAACCUGAAAAAGUGUGAGGAGAGUGUGAAACGUGUACAGAGUGAGCUGGAGGAUAAUGAAAAGUCAAUCGCUGAGCUGACGGAACAGCUGAAGAAACUGGAAGAUGAGGCUGGUGAGAUCAUGAAGUCCUGUCAGGAGGCUGAGGCCGCACUACCGGAGAUGCAGGAGCAGUAUCAGGGGGUGCUGAAGGAAAUUAAAGUUCUGCAGCAGGAGGAACACACACUGCAGGAGCAGUCUCUCAGCGUACGACUUCGUGUUGAACAGAUUGAUGCCAACAUCACUGAACACAACAGCAAGAUAAAACACUGGCAGAAAGAGUCAUCCAAGUUGUCCCUUCACUCCAUUGAUGACAAGCCAGCAGAGGAACUUCUGGUGUUUACUCCUACUGAUUUGGAUGAAAUGGGAAACCCCAACAUCAUUAUCAACAAGAUAACAAAGUUAGAGGCACAGUGUGCUCAGAUGAAGCCGAAUCUGGGAGCCAUUGCUGAGUACAAGAAGAAGGAGGAGCUGUACCUGCAGCGUGUGGCCCAACUGGAUGAGAUCACUGCAGAGAGGGACAGAUUCAAACGUGGCUAUGAAGACCUGCGCAAACAACGCCUCAACGAGUUUAUGACUGGAUUCAACAUGAUCACAAACAAGCUGAAGGAAAACUACCAAAUGCUGACAUUAGGGGGCGAUGCAGAGCUGGAGCUUGUGGACAGUUUAGACCCUUUUUCGGAAGGUAUCAUGUUCAGUGUGCGUCCUCCAAAGAAGAGCUGGAAGAAGAUCUUUAACCUGUCGGGAGGAGAGAAGACGCUCAGUUCUUUGGCACUGGUCUUUGCUCUUCAUCACUAUAAGCCCACGCCGCUCUACUUCAUGGAUGAGAUAGAUGCUGCACUUGACUUCAAGAAUGUCUCCAUUGUGGCCUGUUACAUUUAUGAGCAAACCAAGAACGCUCAGUUCAUUAUCAUCUCCUUGAGGAACAACAUGUUUGAGAUCGCUGAUCGUCUCAUUGGCAUCUACAAAACACACAACACCACCAAGAGUGUCGGAAUCAACCCCAAGACCAUUGUGUUCAAAGAGCACGGUGCCAUCACUGUAUAGACCUUCAAGCAGAAUUGUGAUUUUAUUUUUUGUUUCAACCAAUAAAUGUUUUUUUUUUUAUCAAAACUGUAUCUUCUCCUUAAUCUUAAAGUUACACUGAAACAAU